GAGACAGGAUGCUUGUUUUUCAUUUGAACAAAGCGGUCUGAAGGCAGACACCGGGGCCUAAGAAAGCAAGCUCUCUGUGGACUCUGCUCAAGCUCCCUCUUCACUCGCUUGCUACUUUGCUAGCCCUUUAUCAUUCUCCGUUAUAUUCUCCCUUCUCUUGAACAUAUUUAGUCGGGAAGGGAGUGAGGGAGGGGGUGGGAAGGAGACACGCUCCCCUUCCCUCUAAAGCAGAGGAAAAACACCAGAAGACCAGCAGGAGGCUGUGAAAGUCCAUGGGACUCCAGCAAGGAAGUGACACUCCCCAACAUAACAUCUACUUCAGCUGCCAAGUCCGAAGCGGGGCCCUCUCACCCACGGCUUCCCCUUUGAUGAGAAAUCUUUGGAUUUCGGGCUAUGUUCUCUCCACUGCCUCCUUCGGAGCCCGGCUGCGUCUUUCCCCUCCCCCACCCUUAGAGGGGCUGAGUUGAGCCGCCGCGGGUCCGCUUUCAUGUGGAUGUCUCUGAUCCCGAGCCCUACUCUCCUCCACACCCGAUGUGACCCUCCCGAGCCGUGCUCCAGGCGCUGAUCCGAGGAGGAGAAUCCAUCUUCAGCCCGGUGCCAAGCGGAGGGGGAGGGAGGGACCAAGAGGGGGGUGAGCCUCUUUGGGACUAACUCAUGAAGAACAAGGGUGCAAAACAGAAGUUGAAACGAAAGGGUGCUACCGGUGCAUUUGGCUGUGACCUGACUGAAUAUCUGGAGACCUCGGGCCAGGAUGUUCCCUAUGUACUGAGGAGCUGUGCAGAAUUUAUUGAGACUCAUGGCAUCGUGGAUGGAAUCUAUCGACUUUCAGGAGUAACAUCCAACAUCCAAAAACUGAGGCAGGAGUUUGGCUCAGAUCAAUGUCCAGAUCUGACAAGGGAAGUUUACCUUCAGGACAUUCACUGUGUGGGUUCUCUUUGUAAGCUGUACUUUAGGGAGCUGCCCAACCCUCUCCUCACUUAUGAGCUCUAUGAGAAAUUCACGCAUGCAGUAUCCCACUGCCCAGAAGAAGACCAAUUGGUUAGAAUCCAAAAUGUCAUCCAGGAGCUUCCCCCACCACACUAUAGGACCUUGGAAUACCUGAUCAGGCACCUGACCCACAUCGCCUCCUUCAGCAGCAAGACCAACAUGCACACCAGGAACCUCGCACUGGUGUGGGCACCAAAUCUUCUCAGGUCUAAGGAAAUUGAAGCUAUUGGCUGUAAUGGAGAUGCAGCCUUCCUUGCCGUCCGAGUCCAACAGGUGGUGAUUGAGUUUAUCUUGAAUCAUGUGGAUCAAAUUUUUAGCAACUCCUCCUGCUCCAUGGAGAAUGAUGAAAACAGGCCAAUUAUGAAAAGUCUGACCUUGCCUGCCCUCUCCCUCCCAAUGAAGUUGGUGAGCCUCGAAGAAGCUCAGGCUCGGAGUCUGGCUACCAACCACCCUGCACGGAAGGAGAGGAGAGAGAAUAGCCUGCCUGAGAUUGUCCCUUCCACAGGAGCCCUCUUCCAUACUGUCCUUGAAUUACCAGACAACAAAAGGAAGCUCUCUAGUAAAUCUAAGAAGUGGAAAUCAAUAUUUAACCUGGGACGUUCUGGCUCAGACUCAAAAUCAAAGCUGAACCGGAAUGGAAGUGUAUUUGUGAGAGGACAGAGGCUUUCUGAAAAAGCUACCAUCCGACCUGCGAAAAGCAUGGACUCACUCUGUUCUCUGCCAGUAGAAGGGAAGGAAGCCAAAGGACAUUUCAACCGGACUGUCACCACUGGAGGAUUUUUUAUCCCAGCAAUGAAACUGCAGACGACAAGUUCUGGCAGCUCUUGUGACCUUAGCAAACAAGAGGGUGAAUGGGGCCCGGAUGGCGGUCCAGCAGGAGCUGAGGGUGGCUCACUAGUAGGUGGCAAAGCUCCUCAGGCCCGCCCACCACCGGAGCAACUGAAGGUAUUUCGAGCCGUGGAGGAUCCAGAGAAUGACCAGACUUCCCCGAAAAUGCUUGCCAUGUUCUACACUUCAAGCGAUAGCUCCAGCAAAUCAGUCUUCACCAGCAGCCUCUUCCAGAUGGAAUCCUCACCUCGUCACCAGCGCAAGGCCCUCAACAUCUCAGAGCCUUUUGCGGUCUCAGUACCCCUUCGGGUAUCAGCAGUUAUCAGUACCAACAGCACCCCUUGCAGAACGCCUCCUAAGGAAAUGCAGUCACUCUCUAGUCUAGAAGAAUCUUCUCUCCAGGGGGCUGAGGGUGGGGGUUGGCCCGGGUUUGAGGAGGAGAAGACAUCUGUAUCUGAUACUUCUGCAGCUUCUGCACCUCAGAAAUUAAGAACUAUAAAGUCUGAAUCUCUGGAAGAUUCCAAACCAGUACCUGAAAAGGAAAGGACAGUGGAAUGCAGCUGUAAUCAUUCCCCAGAGCCAAGUACCCACCCUGGAGAGAAAGAAAUCUCAACCAUCUCAGCAAGCUUGCCACUUUCAACCACAGUAGAAAAGAGACAGGAUUCAGAGGGGGCCACAAAGAUUCAUGAAAGCCUCCAGAGUGAACUCAGUGCUCAGCAGGAGAGCCCCAAGGAUAAAAAAGAAGAUGCUAUGUUCCUUUCAGAAUUGGAUGAAGAUGAGUCUGCAGGUGUCCUGAUGUGGCCUGAGAUUCAACAAGAGCUAAAAAUCAUUGAGUCUGAGGAAGAACUCCAGCUCCCACCUUCAACUGCCCCAAAGAUAAGCUCGAGUCAACCAACCCUUAUUUCGAGUCCAAAGACCACUGUUUCUCCUUGGACAAGGGGCUUCUCUGAUGACUCCAGCCCGCCUGCAAGCACAAUAGAAGAGACUACAGACAAAACCAUUCAGAUUUCACCUCCAGCGGGGGCCGUUGUCCCUAUGACUGGAGCCAGAGUAGACCCAGAGCAGAUCAGCAGCCACCAGAGGACUGGACAGUCAACAAAACUGUCGCUUGAGCAGAGUAGGCUGGGUGAUUCUACAAAGGCUCCCGUAUUGGAAAUGGUUCCUCUUGACUCUGCUCUCCAGGACGGUCUAGUCAUGGGGAGCUCAGGGAAUCGACUUUCACCUCCUCCACCUCUAGAGCAAACUCUUCAGAAAGAAGAGUCCGUGACAAAUAGCCCUGAGAGAGAAGAAAUUUCAGAGGCUAUGGGAACACAUCCUCAUUCAGACCAAACUCAGGCUAUAGAUGGUCCUAGUGACCCCAGCAGCUUCUACCAGAGAGAAGAAGUUGUCCCAGCACAGUGUGAAAAGCAAAGUCCAGAGGAGAAGAGAGAGAAAUUGGCCUCAGGGGGAGAAGGCCCACUAAGGGACUUUGGCGCUGUGCCACAUGGAGAGAGGGAAACAGCCAGUCUAAUGCAGGAAACGUUUGACUGUGAUGAAGAAGACACCUCCAUUGACAUUGCACCACAGAGCUUAGAAAUGGUAGAGCCCUGGGAGGACCACCAGUGGGUCACGAGCCCUCUGCAUUCCCCGACGCUGAAAGAUGUUCAGGAAACUCGGACACAAGAUCUCCUCCUCCAAAAUCAAAGAGAGAAGAGGUUCCCUCACAGACCUAGUUUUGUUCAGAGUCAUUCCCUAGACAGUGAAACUACCAUGAAAAACCAGUGGACUCGUCCAUUCCCUUCAUCGAGUAGUUGUGUCAGUCUGGGAUCAAUCAUGGAUUUUGAUCCUUUACAACUGCUGCCACCCAACAGAGAAAAAGGUGAAUGGGAAAAGAAGGCACCAAGACAUUCCAGAGAGCUUUCAGAGCCAGAGGGAAUAGAAGAUGCCCUUGACAUGAAUUCAGGGAGAGACCUACAAUCCAAAACAGUAAGAACUAGUCCUGUCAGCUUUACAGAGGAAGAAACAAAAGUAGAUCAAGAAAACCUUCAGCAAGACCCUUUGCUGCCCAUGAAUCAACGAGGUAGCUGUGGCUUAGGAUCAGAGAAUGUUAGGGAAAAUAGUCCAUCCAGAGUUCAGGACAAGGCUGGACCUGAAAUGCCUCUUGUUACCAAAGGUGACUUGCUUCCUUCCCCCAAGUUACAGCUAAAGAAUAAUGAUUGUGUGCCUCCUAAAGGGAAAAAUAGACCCUCUUCCCUCAACCUGGACUGUGUACCUUUUGUAAAUGACUUCUUUAGGUCUGAGAAUGUGAUUUCACCUGGAAGCCAAGUGUAUGACCAAGGAGAAGCUAAAAGGAAAGAUCCUAACUGCCCAUGGUCCCCCAUGGGUAUGACCUCACCUUACAGUAAAGCAGAUCCCUGGACAGUUCACUGCGGUCCCCAGGACCUAGAUAUAGUCACUCAUGCCUUAACAGGUCGCCGCAACUCUGCCCCUGUGAGUGUGUCAGCAGUGAGAACUUCCUUCAUGGUCAAAAUGUGCCAGGCCAGGGCUGUGCCAGUCAUACCACCUAAGGUUCAGUAUACGCAGAUUCCACAGCCACUCCAGGCUCAGAGCACAGGGAAAGAUGCACCUCUCCCUGUAGAGAAGGCCAAAGCAGAGGCCAGUCCAACUGGUGGGACACCACCUCCAAAGUCAGCUAGGGAUGACUCCCCUCCUUCCCUAAGGAGACCUAGAGAGGAGAACACAAACCAAGAGGGAAAGGGAAAGGAGAAUUCCACCCAGAUGGACUCCACAUCUUUUGUGUCUGAUGACCACACCCUUUCUUCAGACCCAUGUGUCUCUUGCCUCCUCUCCUCCCAGGAUGCUUCAGUACCCUGCAGAAAACGUACAUCAGAAACAGAAUCAGCUGGAGACAAUCCACUUUCUUCAAAAAUUGAGCGGUCAUCUGGGGUUUCCAAACCUUUCCACAGGUCAAGACCGGGAAGACCUCAAAGCCUAAUCUUGUUUAGCCCUCCCUUUCCUAUCAUGGAUCACCCAUCUUCCUCUUCAGACUCCAGGGUCUUACUUUCCCCUAUCAGAAGCCCCACCCAAACAAUCUCUUCUGGUCUCAUUUGUGGUGAGCUGGCUGAGAACACAUGGGUGACCCCAGAAGGAGUCACACUUAGGAACAAAAUGACUAUCCCUAAGAAUGGCCAAAGACUAGAGACCUCAACCAGUUGCUUUUACCAGCCCCAGAGGAGAUCAGUGAUUCUGGAUGGAAGAAGUGGGAGGCAAAUAGAAUGACAUCAGCUUACCCACUACUCCUUCACUUGGAACGUUUUACUCUGUCAUAAAAGACUCUAGGGCUCUGUUGAGAUUUGCCUGGGUAUUAGUUUAUGGCCGACUCUUUUAUUCCAGGGGAAAAUUAGCCAGCUUUGGGAUUUUCCACGCCUUUUGUUUCCCCUUUUUAGCCAUUCUAUUGACAAUCUUAAGGUCAUUCAGGUGCCCGUUAAUACUUAAGCGAUGGAAUUGGGUUGCUCAGUGGAAGGGCAAAGAGAUAAAAUUCAGGUCAGUCCAUUUCCCUGCUUGUUAGUAGCUGAAGGGAAACAUGCUCUGCAAGAGAGAUGACUAAAAUGCAAUUUCAAAAUUAUCUGUGAAUUGCAUUUAUUCAUCUAUGCCAUCUUUUCCUAAAACAAUUAAGAGCUGGCCACAAUCGUACCCUUUGCAACAAAGAAAAAACUUUUUCCUGUAUCAGAAGACAUUGUUUCUGAAGUUUCUGGUUUUCCUUCAUAUUAUUUAAUGCUUUUUAAAGCUUAUGCUUCUUCAGUACCUUUUUCUAAUACGCUUUACAAAAAUCUGCUCUCAGAAAAGAGAGUAGAUUUUUGAAAUAUAAACCUACUGUGCCCUUAGAAAUUCAGGCAGGUGGAUUAACAUAGACUUUUUCCUUGGUGGUCUCACACCUGUGCAUGCCACCAAGCUGGUGCUAAUGGCUAAAAGUAUAGCACAUAAAAUAAAAACAAUAACAAAUGCUGUGAUUGACACCAAUUAAAAAGAGACUUUUUCCUCAUUUGUAUUUAGCAAUAUGUAGGAAUUACCUGCCUUUCUCAGUUACAUACCCAAAAAUUCAGAGAAAGACAUUGAGGGCUAUGAUAAUGAUGGAUGCUCUUUUUAUUUGGGGGCACUACAGUGUUAAAUUUAUCUUGCUUCCCUCCAAAUCUUCUUUCAAAUGUCAGAGUAAAAGAGUAUGGUAUAAUAUUUAAACUCCCUGCAUAGAAAAUCUGGGAUAGUGCCAGUACUUUCUAGCUAGUGGGGAUAGAUUCCUCCCUUAUCCCCUCCUCCCUGAACGGGUUGAUUCUUGGGGCGGUGGGGAAGAAGAAGGGAGACAGUGGCUACUGAAGAGUUCCCCCUCCCCCAUCUAUCUCAAGGUAAAAGCCACCCCUGUGGAAGAUACAUUUUAAUUUUAGCCAACAAAUCACCUCCUUUCUCCUUGCCUUCUGAGUUCUCAUGGAUAGAUUUGAGAGAGCCCUUCUUUCUCCAUUCAUAUUCAUGCUCAUACAUGCUCCUUAGUCCACUUUACCCAAAUGUUUAAGGAAGAAUCUAACCUGACAUUUCUCUAGACCCAACAGUUCCUCCUUUCUUAUUGGAUGGAAGAAAACAAUGCAAGCAUGAUUUGGAGCCAGCUUUUUGGGGAAAAAAAAAACACUUCAGUUUCAAUCCCACAUAAGAUGAAAUAAACCUAUAUGCCAGCUCAUUUGCUUUGCUGCCCCAAUAAAGGAAAAUUUCCUGUUUUGAAGGUCAAAUGGAGAUGUGGCUAUGUUGGUGCCUUUCCUAGUACCCCCUGUCAUUUCUCUGCUCUCCCCAUCCUCUUUUCAGGUCAAGUCUUAGCUGAACCUAAUAAACUCAAAAAUGUUAGCACUUGAAAAGACAUCAGAAGUCACCUAGUCCAAAGCCUCUCUUUUAAUGGAUAAGAAACAUAAGGCCCAGAGAAAGAAGGUGAUUUGCCAAAGGUCAUAUAGCUAGCAAGUGAGAGAACCCAAGACUAGAGCUUUCACUUUCUCCCCAAUAAACCAGAAAAGUAAACGUUUUGGGGGUGGGGGGAGGGGACACAAGUGUGUUGAUCAGAGGUAUGGGACAGGUCACUCUGUAGGAAGUAUUAGGUCAGUUGAUUUGAGGGGAGAGUCCUACAUACCAGGGGAUUGAGACAGGUAAACAGUGAAGUUCAAGAUCUUUGACUGGUUUUGAUACAUUCCAAGCAGAGGCAAUAAAAAUGGUGGAUGAGGGGGCAGCUAGGUGACCCAGUGGAUAAAGCACCGGCCCUGGAUUCAGGAGGACCUGAGUUCAAAUCUGGCCAGUUAAUAGCUGUGUGACUCUGGGCGAGUCACUUAACCCUCAUUGCUCUGGCGCCCCCUCCCCCCCAAUGGUGGAUGAGCACAGAAGAGGAGGCAGAUAUUUAGGCAGUAAAGCAAGAGGAUCUCCUUAAAAAUUGACCUGUAGGAAUGAAUUUGACAGGAAUAUAAUGUUGUUCUGGAUUCACAUUAAGUAAAAAUAAUUGUGGUGAGAUUAUGAAUUUGAUGUCCAAGAAUUUCAAGCAUUCCUGUGUCAAAGGUACGUUUCCACCCUUAAAAACAAAUUAGUUUAUGAGACAUAAUUCAAUUCCUAGGCUGUUGUCAACUGCUCUUUGGUAUGGGCCAUUCUGCCACUAGCCCUUCCAUAUGAAUUGCCUGUUAGAACACAGAACAUAAAUGAUGAAAGCAUAAGCAUUUUGCUUCAUAGUCAGGAAACCUCUGGGCUCAGUAAAGAGAUGUUUAAAAUAUAUUAUGCAUAUUUUAAGUUUUUGAUUGUAACACACUAGAAUAUAUUUUUGUUAUUUUGCUAUUAGACUGAAAAGUCGUUGGUUUGCCUAUUAAUAAGUGACUAAAUCUUCAGUGCUGUGUUUGAUUUCAUAUAUGUAUACAUAUAUGACACACAGAUGUGUACACACAUGUCUUCAUUUUGACACUGUAUAUUUAAAGAAGCAUUUUCAAGAGCCUAGGUGGAAGUUCUCAAAAUAUACAUUGGAAUUUGUCUAGGGACAAAUAGGGAUUCUCUUCACUGUCCUUCCCAAGCCAGUCAAAUUCCACAGGCUUUUCAUGCUGACUUUUCCUCAGAAUGCCUCUGCUAGAAUUUGAGAAACUUAUUCUAUCAGUAGUUUUCUAUGAAUUGCCAAAAAGAGCAAUACCUUCAUUAGUCUUCUGUUUGAUUCCUGGAGAAAUAGAUCCUAAGAAUUCAUGAAGAUUUUCUCCGGUACUGCUGCAUAUGCAGGUCUGGUACUAAGGAAAUUUCAAUAUUUUCAAUACUUGAAAAUGGCAAAGCAAAUCUUUUUUCUUCCCUUCUCUCCCUCCCCACCUCCUCCAAGGCUUACUGUAACACAUGGAAACCACUGAUUUAAAAGUGACCCAUCUGAUGUCAUUGUCUGGUGAGGAAAAAUACCUUGGGUUUUCCCAUUCAUUGAUUCAGUUCAUGCACUGAAAUUUAGAUCCUUUGAGAGUAAAAGAGAAUAAGAAGUCAGGGCUGGCCCUCUGUGACUGGGGAAGUUAUGAUGCUGGGCCAUUUCACAGUGUGACUUUCAGGAAGACUGCUGCAUUACAGACCUAGUCCUAUGCUAGAGAGAAAAUGGUAACACCAACUCUUCGGGGAACUCCCCAAAUCAUCUGAAAUCAACCUGUACACAUUUCUCCCAUUUGAACUUUGCCAUAAGUAGAGAAGCAGUUUAAUUUAGCCACAGUAGGCCAAGACUUGAUGAUCCUACUGUCAAAAUGAACUAGAUAUCCGGAGAAUUCAGACGCAAAAAGAUGUUUUGACUUAGUUUGAUUCAUUUGAAAAGGGAAGAAGGGAUGGUAUAAACUGUAGUGAAGAGUCUGAGUCAAAAUAUUACUAAGGACAUUAAAAAUCCAAGCAUCAACCACCAGUAGCAACAGUAAAUAUUGAGUACCUAAGAUAUUCAUAUUUUCAUCAGUAUUGUAACUCCAAAUUAUGAACAAAAAUGAUCGACAGUUAAGGCAGAACUUGGAUAAACUAGAAACACUGAAUAAAGAAACUUGUAUUGAGAGAGGGCAAAGUUGCUUAUGUAAUGUUACCCAUUUCCAGAUAGGUAUUUUCCAAAGGCUGUGGUGGUUCCUACUGAAGUUAGAGUACAAUUUUGAGAACAUUCAAUACUAAAUGAAGUAUCAACAGAUCAGAUAACUAUCUCUGCCUUCUCAUUCUGCAUGCUUUUUUUCCAUUUUUUUUUUCUUUUUUAAUGAGGCAAUUGGCGUUAAGUGACUUGCCCAGGGUCACACAGCUAGUAAGUGUUAAGUGUUUGAGGCCGGAUUUGAACUCAGGUACUCCUGACUCCAGGGCUGGUGCUCUAUCCACUGCGCCACCUAGCUGCCCCCUCCAUUUUCUUGAGAUAUGGAGAAAAUACUCCAUAAAAGGGUCUAUCCAAUGUGCUGGGAAUCUUUUAACACUCUGUUGGUACCAGUGACAAGACUGGGACUGUCUUUUUAUCUCACACUUGAUCCAUAACCACUUCACCUCCUUUUCUAAUCAUACAUGUCCUCGAUGAAUAAAACCAGGAAUACUUUAGGAGGCUUUUGGACAAUAGUCUUCUUUCAGUGUUUCUGCUUUGAUGACUUUGAAAAAUUAGUCCCUAAUUAGCCAGAUGUUUGUUUUGUAUAUUUCAAGACAGAACUAAGGUUUAAAUGGUUUUGAAUAACUCUAAUUGGUUCUGUCUCUGAAUCUUACUUUCUCAUCUGAAAAUGGGCAGUUCCACAUGUGAUUCUUCAGUGGUGGAUUGUAGAAGCUUCAUUUAGGUUCUAACAAGUUAGAUAAUUGUAUCUAUUUCUAUUGUUUUUUAUAUAGCAGAAAGAGGAUCUAGCCCAGAUUGGGUAGAGGGGGAGGGAUGGUGAGGAUGAGGGAGUGUAUACAUGUGUCUUGGAGUUUCCUACAUGAAGGGACACUACUGAACACCAGAUUUACAUGUCUGGAAUUGGGGUGGAAGAUGUAUGACUCUUCUAGCUAGAUGAGAGUCAUGUAUUGUAUUAUGGCCUAGUCUCUCAGAUACCUUGAAGCUUAGGGUGAUGUGUUCCCAGAUGGGUAAUUCCAGAUACUUCAAGGGCAAGGGGAGAAGCAGGGCUGAGAAAGAAUAAUAAAGUAUCCCUUUACCCAACUCAAUACAACCCAAUUUUAGCAGAGAACAGAGAAGGAAGUGAGCAACUGUCUAAACAUGCAAGUGACAGUCUAGGGAUGAGGAGUGAUCAGCUGGAAGCUCUACCUUUUCAGAAAGCACAUAAUUGGGCAUUAUCCCAGUUUGUCAAUCAUACAACAUUAUUUCUUGAUAGUAAGGAGGGAAAUGUGAGUGAGGGUUACUUUUCUAACCAAGUGAGGGAAGGUAUGGGAAUUCCAUGAAGAACUACCAUAUUAUUAGAAUGUGUUAUUAUUGGAUGAGUCAUAAGGCUUUGCAAUAAUUUAGCACCAUAGUACUUCUUGAUUUAUGAUUUUGCAAAGUGAAGCACUUUUCCAAAGGUUUCUAUUUGAAAUCCACAGGAUUUCAGUUGUGUGCUGAAAUCCAUGAACCUGUUUUCCAAGGUAUAAUCGAAAAUGUUUUUUUCUGAUUUAAAGUAAAAUGUAUGAAUAAAUAUUACAUUAAACCUAUACAGAGAAACAUAUAUGUAAUUAAAGAUAAUUGUUAUGCUUCCAAAAUUUAUACUAAUAAAUAUUUUAAAAUACAGUGUUUGUGCUGGGAAAAUGAA